UGUAACAUAAGCAGACAAAAUCUUUCUCAUCUCAUAAUUGAUAGUUGAUGAAAACGAAUUCGUAUUAUCGUUGAAUUUAUUAGUGACAAGUUUUAGAAGUAAAAUAAUAUUUUGUUUAGUUUUUAUCAAUUGAUUCAGUUUAACUAUGUUGUUCUACUCAUUCUUCAAAUCCCUGGUUGGAAAAGACGUCGUAGUUGAACUGAAAAACGAUCUUAGUAUUUGUGGUACAUUACACUCAGUGGACCAAUACUUGAAUAUUAAGCUAACAGACAUCAGUGUUACAGAUCCUGAUAAAUAUCCUCAUAUGCUGUCAGUUAAAAAUUGUUUUAUUAGAGGAUCAGUAGUGAGAUAUGUACAAUUACCAGGUGAUGAGGUUGACACACAACUGUUGCAGGAUGCUGCGAGAAAAGAGGCAGCUGCUCAAACUCGAUAAUAAUUUAUAAUAAUAAACUAUUACUCUAAUUGAAUUAUUUUAAUAUAAACAACAAAAAUAGAAAUAAAAGAUCUCUUCUAUUACUACUUAAGAUAUAACAAAUGUAAAUAGACAUUUAAUAAAAUGUUUUCUUAUUAAAAAGAUA